AUGUCUGCCACCGACGCCGCCAACCAGCCCGACGCGGUCAACCUCGUCAAGGAUGACGCUACCGGCGAGAUGGUCUCCAAGUCCGAGCUCAAGCGCCGCAUGAAGCAGCGCGAGAAGGACGCCAAGAAGGCCUCCAAGGCCGCCGAGGCUCCUGCUCCCGCUGCCGGCGCCAAGUCCGCCGCUGCUGCCGAGGAGGACCUCAACCCCAACCAGUACUACGAGCGUCGCUUCAGGACCAUCGCCGCCCUCCGCGAGUCCAAGAACCCGGACCCCUACCCGCACAAGUUCCACGUCUCCAUCUCGCUCUCCGAGUUCAUCUCCAAGUACGAGGGCAAGGUCGAGGCGGGCCAGCACCUCGACAACGAGGAGGUCAGCAUCGCCGGCCGUCUCCACAACAUGCGCUCCGCCGGCCAGAAGCUGCGCUUCUACGACCUCCACGGCGAGGGCGUCAAGGUGCAGAUCACCGCCCAGCUCCAGGACCACACCGACGGCGACUUUGCCGCCAUCCACGACCUGCUCCGCCGCGGCGACAUUGUCGGCGUCACCGGCGUGCCCGGCAAGACCAAGAAGGGCGAGCUGUCCGUCUUCCCGCGCUCCAUCAAGCUGCUUUCGCCCAGCCUCAAGAUGCUGCCCAAGGCGUCCCAGGGCGACAAGGGCGGCUUCACCGACACCGAGCAGCGCCACCGCAAGCGCUACCUCGACCUCAUCAUGAACAACCACGUGCGCGACAUCUUUGUCAAGCGCGCCAAGGUCAUCAACUACGUCCGCCGCUUCCUCGACAACCUCGGCUUCCUCGAGGUCGAGACGCCCAUGAUGAACCAGAUCGCCGGCGGCGCCACCGCCAAGCCCUUUGUCACCUUCCACAACGACCUCAAGCUCGACCUCUUUAUGCGCAUCGCCCCCGAGCUCUUCCUCAAGGAGCUCGUCGUCGGCGGCCUCGACCGCGUCUACGAGAUCGGACGCGUCUUCCGCAACGAGUCGAUCGACCAGACGCACAACCCCGAGUUCUCCAUCUGCGAGUUCUACAUGGCCUACGCCGACAUGUACGACCUCAUGGACAUCACCGAGUCCAUGAUCUCGGGCCUGGUCAAGGCGGUGACUGGCUCGUACAAGAUCAAGUACCACCCGGAUGGCAAGGAUGUCGAGGGCGGUCGCGAGUACGAGAUCGACUUUUCGACGCCCUGGAAGCGCUUUGACAUGAUCAAGGAGCUCGAGAAGGCCAUGAACGUCACCUUCCCGCCUGCGGAUCAGCUCCACACCGAAGAGACGCGCAAGUGGCUUUCCGAUCUGGCUGCCAAGCACAACGUCGACUGCUCCGAGCCGCGCACCUCCUCGCGCCUCAUCGACAAGAUGACGGGCGAGUUUAUCGAGACGCAGUGCAUCAACCCUUCCUUCAUCGUCGGACAUCCGCAGGUCAUGUCGCCCUUGGCCAAGCGCCACCGCGACAUUCCCGGACUGUGCGAGCGCUUCGAGGUGUUUGUGGCCACCAAGGAGAUCUGCAACGCCUACACCGAGCUCAACGACCCCUGGGUGCAGCGCGCCAACUUUGAGGAGCAGAGCCGUCAGAAGGACCAGGGCGACGACGAGGCGCAGGGCAUCGACCACGUCUUUAUCGACGCCCUCGAGCACGGUCUCCCCCCCACCGGCGGUUGGGGCCUGGGCAUCGACCGUCUGGUCAUGUUCCUCACCGACUCCAACUCGAUCAAGGAGGUGCUCGCCUUCCCCGCCAACAAGCCGCUCCCCACCGACAACAAGCCGCAGCCCGUCCCCGAGCUCGAGCCCGCGGCCGAGUCGCAGGCCUAA